AUGGAUACCGACAUCCAACACAAACUAGACUCCCUCCAACGCUUACAAGAGCAACUCUUCAAACAACAACGUGAUCUUCUUUUCCAUCAGCAGCAACAAGGUGUUUCGACCGAAACCCUACGUCCAUCACACUCAAACUCCGGAUCGACCAAUUGGUCGUUCACUCAAGGACUUAUUGUCGGCCAAUUGAGUGUCAUCUUCGUGAUAGCAGUAUUUAUCAAGUUCUUUGUGUUUGCAGAUCACAACUCGACCACAUCAUCGUCUUCAUCUUCCAACUCCGCCGUAGGGGUUAUCAUCAAUAGAGACGAACAACGUAAAGAGAAAGACAGUGGUGGUGGUGGCGGCAGUCUAGACCCAGCAACAACAUCAGAUGCUACGCUCAAACUCAAUACAAUUCUUGAAAAGACUUACUAUGAUGUUCUGAACCAUUCACCGGAACUGUUGGAUUGGUUUACGGUUCUCAUCGCCCAAGCCAUACAACAACUUCGUGUGGAUGCCUUGGUGGCUGAUAACGUUUAUCAUUCGCUCAAUGACUUCUUGCAAACCCUGGAACUCCCUGACUUCCUCGACACCAUCUCGUUGACGGAGAUCGACGUCGGCGAUGACUUUCCCAUCUUCUCCAAUUGUCGGAUUCAAAAAAAUAGUCUUGGACGGUUGGAAGCAAAGAUAGACGUGGAUUUGUCAGAUACGUUGACGUUGGGAAUUAAAACCAAGCUAUUAUUAAACCAACCAAGGCCCUUGACGGCCGUUCUUCCGGUAGAAUUGUCUGUUUCCAUCGUCAGAUUCUCCGCAUGCUUGUCUGUUUCUAUGUUCUCUGAUGAUGAAGAUGAAGGCACGGCCCUAGUGUUUAGUUUUGGUCAGGAUUAUCGUUUGGAAUUCACAGUAAAGUCUUCAAUUGGAUCAAGAGCAAAGCUUCAAGACGUUCCCAAGAUUGGUCAGUUGAUAGACUCAAGAUUGAGGAAAUGGUUCCAAGAUAGAUGCGUGGAACCAAAGUCUCAGGUCGUAAUGCUUCCUUCCUUUUGGCCCAGAAGUAAGAACACAAGAGAGCAGCCACAGCCGGUUGACUAA